CAAACACCAGACCAUACCAAAAGCUUCUACGGAUUACCCCACGCCCUCCUUCCUUAAAACCCCCGAAAUUUAUUAAAUCACUUCACAUAUAUACAAAGUCAGAAGGAGAAAAAAACGGAAAAUUUGGGGAGGAAGAAGAAGAAGAGAAAGCCCCCAAACAUCUCUCUCUGUGCUACAAAAUCAUCCCGGAGACUCCCCAGUCCCCACCCGAAAUCAGGCGGCGGCCUCGUCGCAGAUUCACGGCGGACGGAAAGAGGGGCGUUUAGGCACAGUAAUUGGGCGUGGUUUGGUUGCAGAUAGUCGGAAAAGGUACAGAUUUUCGCCGCUUAUUCUGCGGAUUGGAAGGAGAGUCUGGGGCUCUGGGCGCUUCCAUUUCUACGGCGAUUACAUCGAUUUCCUGGUGCUGUUGCCGAGAAUCCGCCGUGAAAUUGGUUGGGGGAGAGGAAAAGGGAUUUGUUGAUUAUCUGUGUUUAGGAAUAGGAAAGGCAGGAAGAGGAUGGACUACUACAACAUCCUCAAGGUGAACCGCAAUGCCACCUUGGAGGACCUCAAGAAAUCGUACCGGCGGCUCGCGAGGACGUGGCACCCUGACAAGAACCCGACUGGUGGCACCGAGGCUGAGGCCAAGUUCAAACAGAUAACCGAGGCCUAUGAGGUAUUAAGUGAUCCAGAAAAGCGUGCAAUCUAUGACCAAUAUGGUGAAGAAGGUUUAAAGGGAAUGCCUCCACCGGGUUCGCAAAGCCGAACCUCCACAGCUGCUGGCCCAAGUGGUCCAAGUAAUUUCCGGUACAAUCCUAGUGAUCCAGAUGAUUUCUUUGCCGAGUUCAUGGCAAGCAGCAAGCCAUACUCCUUUGACCAAGACCGAGGGCGCUUUCAUCAAACACACUGGACCUCAGCAAGAAACGGUCGAAGUGAAGCUUCUUCCGGUUCACAGAAGGAGCCCAGUACCAGUACAAGUCAGCUAGAAAAGCCACCGCCUGUAGAGAAAACAUUACUAUGCACUCUUGAAGAGUUGUAUAAUGGAACAAAAAAGAAGAUGAAGAUCACUAGGAAUGUUCCAAAACCUGAUGGAAGGCUAGAAGUUGAGACAGAGGUCUUACUGGUUGAGGUUUUGCCAGGCUGGAAAAGGGGAACAAAGAUGACAUUUCCCAGCAAGGGCGACAGGCUGCACGGCUAUUUGCCACAGGACAUAACCUUUGUCAUCGACGUGAAACCCCAUGACAUCUACACUCUGGAAGGGAACAACCUCCUAGUAAGCCAGGAGAUCCCUCUGGUGGAUGCUCUUGCCGGGACAACCAUAAACCUCAAGACCCUCGACGGCAGGAGCCUUCCAGUCAGGGUGGAGGAAGUGGUGCGCCCUGGGCAGGAGAUAGUGAUCGAGAACGAAGGUUGGCCGAUCAGGAAGGAGCCAGGGAAGAAGGGGAGCUUGAGGAUCAGGUUUGAUGUGACCUUUCCGACAAGGCUAUCGUCGUCGCAGCGAGCUGCCAUAAGGCGGAUCAUGGGAAGCUAAUAACAUAAGCAUUUUAUGGAUUCUUACAGAAACAAGUGGCUUGUCUUGGGGCAGGUGGGCUGAUUCAGAUAGUUCAUUUGGUGAUUGUAGAUCCAAUAGUUGUGGCACUAAUUCCUUAAUGUUGGCUUCAGAAGUGAGAAUGACUUCUUUUGCAUUUUGCUCAUCAUUACAUAGAACGCUAAUCGUGGUCACAUUCAAGUGCGAUGGUUUGAGCUAAUGAUAAAAUUUAUAAUUUUUAGGAGGA